AUGUACCGCAUGAAGCUACUUCAGUUGUCUGUUAGAGGGAUAAGUUGUUACCGAACUCCCUUAAAUUGUGUUCGGAAUGUCAAUCCAUUGAUCCCUGGUAUGGUUCGUGCGUUCUCUACUGCAACAGAUUCAGAAUUUUCGGCAGAAGAAAUAAGCAAAGCUAAAGAAUGGAUGGAAAAUUUCUCAAGUACCCAGGUACCAGAUAACUUAUUCGAAAUAUCUUACAGCAGAGCAUCAGGGGCUGGUGGACAAAAGGUUAAUAAGACGUCUUCGAAAGCUACCAUUGCGCUUGGUCCAGAUCAAUGGCUCAACCCCCAAUUCUGCUACUGGAUUCCAAAGCCAAUAAGGUCGCAAAUAAAUGAGAAUAAAAUCAGGUACGAGACUAAGAGCGGAGGAAUACUUGUCCAGAGUGAUUCGACCAGGAAUAGAGAUACUAAUACCGAUGAAUGCUUUCGAAAAUUGAUUCAAGAGAUCAAAGACAACACAUUUUUUGCAGGAGAAACGAGUGAAGAAGACAAAAAGAGAUGGCAAGAAAUAAAGGAUGAUCGUAAAGAAAAACGUCUAUUCAAUAAGAAGAGACAAAGUGACAAAAAGAAGCAUCGUUCCAAAAAGUUCGAUGUAUAA